AUGCCAGUACCGGGCUAUCCUCCGCCGCCCCCGCCAAUGUUUCCGAUGCCAGCUCCUAUGCCCGUGAUGUGUCCUUUGCCCUUUGCGAUUGGUAUAUCUGACGGUUCUGGGAAUCAAGAUUCUACUACUACAACAACCACUACCACGAGUAAGCCCGACGUGGCCGUGGCUAUACCUCUACCGAUACCUGUUCCGAUGCCAGUACCUGCGGUGCCAGCAAUGCCAGCGAUGCCACCAGUGCCACCGAUGCCAUCAUACCCUCCCCCGCCGUAUUGCCAACGACCACCUCCCAGACCGAGAAGUUGUCCGCCCUGUCCACCGUGCACGUGUAAGCCGGCGUGUACACCGUCAUUCUAUGCAUACUGUUCUCCGUGCCAUAUGAAAUGUAGAUGCAAAAGUGUAGAAGACGCUCCUCGUCCAAUACCACCAAGAGAAUUACCAAUAGGACCUCCGUAUGCGGUUCAGUUGCCACAAAUUAUCCAGCAACCGCCUGUUGUUCUAGUUCCUUUUCCUCCAAUUCCUCCGCGGGUGUUGCCUCCACGACGCAGACAGAAAAAGAGACGACCGAUAUAUUCAUCCUGCUCCGAGGAAUCAAGUGAAACGAGCAGUAGUUCUGAAUUAGAUUAUUUAAGACGAAAGAAAAGCAAACGAGUAAGAAUGUUGAAACGCAACCCACGCAGUUCAGAGGGUGAAAACGAACUGGUUAAACCGAUGUUGAGUUAUAUUUCAGAAAACGGUGAUAUUAAGUUUGAAACUAAAAUAAGUAACAACGAUGUCGAGGAUCUGCUUGGAGCGGGGAAUGACAACCGAGCAGAGAGGAGAUACCAGACCGUUCAGGUGGUGACGAGAGAAGAUGAAUCACACAGACCUCAACUGGUUGUAAUCUCCAAGGAGGACCGAAAUGAGAAGACUGGACGGACGAGAAACAAACAAGUUCUUUUAAGAAACGGAAUCUCUAAUCAUGUGCUAGAAGACGGCAGAAAACAACUGAUAUUCCGACCACCGAAUGACAAAAGAAUAAGUAACUUAUCCGUGUCAUUUCAAAUAGUAUAG